AUGUCAUUCGGAACGACAUACCUGACUCCUUCAGCGAUCAACAGAGACUCAGACUUCAACGGACCCCGACACAGCCGCCACUCCUACCCCGACAGCGCCAACAACGAGAUGUUUGUUACCCCAAAACUCGAAUCUGACCCAAGAGAUUUUUAUACGGACGACAACAGAGAAAUGUCGUCAGAACCCAACUACAUGGUCGAUCAUCCCAUGGGUAUGGACGGGCAAAGACAUCCAGGAGGACCUGGAGCCAAGCAGCCGCGGGAUCGGAUGCGACUCAACAGGAUCCUUAACGGUUCGUCCUCCUCGUCCUCCGAAGAAGUCUACCAGCAGCAACAACAGCAACAGCAUCAGGAUGGCGAGUCUUCGUACGGUCACUACCCGUAUCAGGACAGCGCACCCUCACAUCAGUUCCAGUCCUUCCAUCCUUCUGUCGGCACCAUGCCCGAGUCGUCCUUUCCUUCGCCUAUGGCUGUGCCAGUAGCGACCCUCCCUACGCUUGCAACCAUGUCGUCACCCUCGGCCUCGUUCUCGCCCAUGAACCAAUCCAACUUGAUCUUUGAUAAUGUCAUGCCGUACUCCUACAACAACGCACCCUACCCCCCACAAAACUACCCAUUCAAGCAUGCUGGCAAUGCGAAAUCAAUGGAACCCUCAAGCUUUGGUGACCAUCCAGGAUACUCCCACCCGUCGCACCAGCACUAUCAGCACAGCCCCGAUCCUUCGGGUUCCCCUUCAGUCCUCUCGGCCCUUCCCCCACGCAUGAACCCCGACAGCCAUGGAGGCGUGCCCGACUCGCCUCCUUCGUCGUUCUACCAUGGACAGCACCAGGCUCCCUCUCCUUAUAGCAUUGGAUCACAUAGCCCAACGUCUAGUGCAUACCCUCCUGCAUAUGUUUCAGCCGGUCCCCAUGGAUACAACUCUUUGACACCGACGCCUCCCGCCACACCCCACUAUGGAUUUGCUCACACACCCGAUGGUCGGUACGCCGGAGGACCAGGCAUGCCGGUCUAUGGAGACUACUUUACAUUGCAGUCGGGCUCUUCGUCUGCAGGAGGACCUCGUCAGAACAACCGCUACCUCGGUUCGCCGUCGACCCCACCUACACCUACGCCCACGGCACGGCCUCGCAAGACGCCCUACCAGCCUCGCGCUGCUAGGACGACGGAGCUUGGUGCUGCCGGCGCGACGCCCGCGCCUCGUCGAUUCCCGUGUCAAGAGUGUGAGAAGGCAUUCCCAACCAAGGGCGAGUUGGCGUCUCAUUCUCGUUGCCACUUGAAGGUGCCGGCAUUCUUGUGCGGUAUCUGUGGACGUCCCUUCAAGCGCCGAACGGAUUAUGUCCGCCACGUCCGUAACGUUCACGAGGAGGUCGGACGGUACAGCUGCAUUCAAUGUGGUGAGCGGUUUGGUCGUCUGGACAAGCUGAAGCGACACGACAAGCGCGGUUGUGGUGCUGAUCCCGAAGACGAUGACAAGUAG